CUAAAAAUGUACUCUAUACUCUUAUAUCGUUCUGCCGCGCCUUUCUCCUUUCUGCCCUGUAAUAACUUCUGGAGAGUUGGUCGCGAUGAUGGACUUCGCUCUCGCUGUCUUUAUGGCUUUCAUUGCUCUUUUUGAAUAGACAUUGGCCGAAUACUACUCCGGCGUUGGCCCACACUACGAAAUGUCCGACGCUCCUCAAGGUAAGGUGUUUGUUAGGAACUACUGUGUUAAGGACUUUUAUGCAUACCAUACGACUGCAUUUGACGAUCCUAAUCCUGAGAAUGGAAUUGCACUCAAAGCCGGGCAUGAAAUAUCUUUUCCUGUCAUCAUUCCCGAGAGGGGCUGUCAGUGUGGAACAAGUAUAAAGCUCUUCGAAGCCCAGACGAAAUCGGGCAAGCAAACCCAAAUGGAGUAUAGCAUACGUGAUGUCGGCGAUCGGAAAGACUGGUUUAUAAGCUAUGACAUCUCUUUCGUGGAUUGUGCAACAAGUACUCCUGGCCUCGUUGAUACCUUUUUCAAAAAUCAUACUGGUCAAGGGUGUCCUGGAUGGGACGAGGGCGUCAAGGUCUACGGAACUAAUGGUCGCGAAUGUGGUGCGAUGCAAUGCUCCAAGGGCAAGUUCUGUCCAUGGGAUGCAUACUUUGAACCUGAGCCAGCCAAAGGCACAGAGAACCCGUAUCAGCCUGUACGCCAAUGCGCAGCCGGAUCGAUCGAUGCUGACAUCCAUUUUGUUUUGUGCUCCGGCACCACAUCCGACGGCGGUGAUCCGGCCAUCCCCGGCUACCGAGCACCUUCACCGGAUGACGGACCGAACGCUACGCCGCAGCAUUUCUCUGCUUCAUCUCCCUCUCCCUCUCCGUCACUUGCCAGCUUGGUGCACCAGGGCACAUCGCCUCUGUACAGCCCGGCAGACGAUGGCGUCACGACACGUUAUGCGGCUGCUCCAGCUAUAGUGACGAUUGCGGUCACCGGGACUGCCCUACUCUCUGAGGAUAAUGUUGCUAAGAUCUUCAUAGCUUAGCGGGUUGAAGAAGAGCAUCUUGACUGGGUUGUUAGUUAGUGUUCUUGAAUCCAGGAGCCGGAAGCUAUCAGGCGAUGUCCUAUUAUAGAUGUUCUAGUAACACUACUCGUGUUCCUGCCGUCGCGUGCAAUGAGCACGGCACCCAAGUGUCCCGCGAAUAUGCCGCGUGGCCCAACAGAGUUACUAUCAGAUAAUGAGGAGACUAAACUCGUAAACGAGGGUCAAGAGGGUCAGGUUCUACGAAAACAACAGAUGUGUGUCUGACGGUACUGAGCAUCAUCUUCAUAGAUUAGUUCACAGUGU